UGGCGGCUCAGGCUGUAGGUGGGCUGGCUGGUCGUGUAGGACAUGCCUCCUGCGUGGGACCACUAGGGUUGGGGCUAGUGCCCUACACUUGUAUACUACCCUGUGCACACUGAAAUCCAACUCACCCAUGCCUAUUUCCUGUAAUGGACGAACUUGAUGCUAAUGUGAGUUCCAAGGAGGGUUUCGGGUCAGUGGAGAAGGUCGUGCUGCUCACAUUUCUCUCGGCUGUUAUCCUGAUGGCAGUCUUGGGGAACCUGCUGGUGAUGGUGGCUGUGUGCAGGGACAGGCAGCUCAGGAAAAUAAAAACCAAUUAUUUCAUUGUGUCUCUUGCCUUUGCGGAUCUGCUGGUGUCAGUGCUGGUGAUGCCCUUUGGUGCCAUUGAGCUGGUUCAAGACGUCUGGAUUUAUGGGGAGAUGUUUUGCCUCGUCCGGACAUCUCUAGACGUCCUGCUCACAACGGCAUCGAUUUUUCACCUGUGCUGCAUUUCUCUGGAUAGGUAUUAUGCCAUCUGCUGCCAGCCUUUGGUCUAUAGGAACAAGAUGACCCCUUUGCGUAUCGCAUUAAUGCUGGGAGGCUGCUGGGUCAUCCCCAUGUUUAUCUCUUUUCUCCCUAUAAUGCAAGGCUGGAAUAACGUUGGCAUAAUUGAUUUGGAAAGGAUAUCCAAACCAAGGCUGGGCCAGGAUUUGCAUGUGAUAGAAAAAAGGAAGUUCAACAAGAACUCUAACUCUACGUACUGCAUCUUCAUGGUCAACAAGCCCUAUGCCAUCACCUGCUCUGUGGUGGCCUUCUACAUCCCGUUUCUCCUCAUGGUGCUGGCCUAUUAUCGCAUCUAUGUCACAGCUAAGGAGCAUGCCCACCAGAUCCAGAUGUUACAACGGGCAGGAGCCCCCUCAGAGGGCAGGCCCCAGCCAGCAGACCAACAUAGCACUCAUCGCAUGAGGACAGAGACCAAAGCAGCCAAGACCCUGUGCAUCAUCAUGGGUUGCUUCUGCCUCUGCUGGGCUCCAUUCUUUGUCACCAAUAUUGUGGAUCCAUUCGUAGACUACACUGUCCCUGGGCAGGUGUGGACCACUUUCCUCUGGCUUGGCUACAUCAAUUCUGGGUUGAACCCCUUUCUCUACGCCUUCUUGAAUAAGUCUUUUAGACGUGCCUUCCUCAUCAUCCUCUGCUGUGACGAUGAACGCUACCGAAGACCUUCCAUUCUGGGCCAGACUGUCCCCUGUUCAACCACAACCAUUAAUGGAUCCACACAUGUGCUAAGGUACACAGUUCUGCACAGUGGACAUCACCAGGAACUCGAGAAACUGCCCAUACACAAUGACCCAGAAUCCCUGGAAUCAUGCUUCUGAUUGAGGACGUGGCUCACAACUAAGCCAUUCAUUCCCAUUCAUGUCUGCAUGAACAGGAUACCCUGGCAUCUCUCCUGACCCUCAUCACCACCAGUGAGGCAUGGGGCAGUGGGACCAAGGGCCCAGGAAAGGUACAUGGAUGACAGGGUUGGACAGGAUCCAAGGCCAGAGCAUGGAGGAUCUCAGAGUUGAGAAGGGACUUCAGGCACCGUCAGAUGCAGGCUCCCAGCCAGCACAGAAGCAGCGUCCUCCAUAGCGUCCCUGGAAGUUGGUCAGUCUUUGCUUGUACAUCUCCAGGGAUAGGAGCUCACUACCUCCUAGUGCAGUUCCUUCUAUUGUGGUGAAGCUUUAGUUAUAAGGAAGGUCUCUCCUUUGGGGGAACACAAAUUUGUCUCUGCUCUAGUUGCAUCUGGGAACAAGCAGUUGGCCCCUUCUUCCACUGAGAGCCCUUAAAUAUUGGAAGACAGUGAUCUGCCGCCUACCCACCCUUUUAAGUCUUUUCUUUGAACUCAACAG